ACAUACGCCAGGUCUUUUCUCUUUCUAUUUCAUUGCGUUUCAUAAAUUGCAUGCAAAAACUGGACUAGUCUUAUCGUGUCUCUCCAGCUAUAACUCUCUGUGUGUUAAAGCCUUUUCCAUUUUUAUUCAAAAACCUUACCAAAUUUCAACCCAAAUUGUAAGUACAUGCCAUAUCUUUUCAUUAUUAUCCUCUUUCUUAUUUGAACUCAAAAAUUAUAUCUCCACGCCUCCAAAUGCCAUAUAAAUUCUUUUGAAACACCCAAAACCCUUCACCUCUCUCACAUUCAUUGAUGGCCAACACCCGCAGUAACCGUUCUUUUAUGGCUACAACAAUGCCUUUUCACUAUCCCAUCUACGGUUCAUCGGAUGCCCCUCUGCGUCGCCAAAGUCAGCAUCAACAAAACGCUCAAACUUACUUACUAAACCCUUUACAAGAAACCCUUGAAUCUUCCUUUGCUAAUCUCACUCUUAGUCCAGGUUCUAAUGCUGAGUUUUUUGAUAGGUCCUCUGAUUUUGAUAACGUCACAAACGGUUCUGCGUUAAAUAGGGAUGGCUUUCCAUCACUUGCUGCCCAAGAAAUGGAACUCGGAAACUUUGUUAGGAGUUUAAGUUCUUCUGGGUUUAUGGGCUUGCAAGGCCAAAACUGGGACGGUUUCAAACCUGGUUUUUGUUCAACAUCGAAUAAUCUUAGCCAACGCAGUGCUGACCAAAAUGGAUUUUUCCGUGAUUUUGGAGAUGGAGCUUCUCACAAUGAUUUAUCGUCUUUGUCAUCUUCAAAGCAAAAUUUACUGUUGAAUGUUAUGGUGCCAAGAUACCAAAAUGGGUUUUUGCGUGAUUAUGGAAAUGGAGCUUUUCACAAUGAUUUAUCAGCUGUAUCAUCUUCAAAGCAGGACUUCUUGUUCAAUGCUAUGGUGCCGAGAAACCCGAAUUUGAAGAGUCGCCAAUGGUUGCAGGAACCAUUUGAUUCCCCAUCUUUGGGAGAUUUGAGGGGUAAUAUCGUGACUUUGGCCAAGGAUCAAUACGGUUGUCGUCUCUUGCAAAACAAUAUUCUUCAUAUGACAAAAGAAGGAACUGAUAUGAUUUUCGUGGAGAUUAUAGAUCAUGUGUGUGACUUGAUUAUUGACCCUUUUGGUAAUUAUGUUGUACAAAAGUUUGUGGAGAUAUGCAGUGAUGAACAGAGGACUCAGAUCGUUCAAAUGCUGACCAAUAUUGAUUUUCAACUUGUUAGGAUAUGCCUAAGUAUGCACGGGACUCGUGCUGUACAGAAAUUAUUGGAACAUCUUACCACCCCGCAGCAAAUCUCAAUGGUCGCAGCUGCUCUAGUGCCUGGUAUUGUCACAUUAAUUAAGGACACGAAUGGUCAUCAUGUAAUUCAGUAUUGCUUGAAAUGUUUUCCUGAUCAAGACAAGAAGUAUCUUCUGAACAAGGUGGUCGAUAAUUGUUUUGGAAUUGCAACAGACAAAAGUGGUUGUUGUGUGCUACAGCAAUGUGUUGAAAAAUCUAAAGGGCUGCAAAGAGAGCGUCUAAUUGCCGAGAUCAUUGCCUAUGCACAUCACCUAGCAGAAGACCGUUUUGGUAAUUACGUGGUGCAACAUGUUCUGGGAUUGAGGGUACCACAAAUAACUGCAGAUCUUCUUAGACAAUUUGAAGGGCAUUACAUGCAUCUCUCCUGCAAUAAGUAUGGCAGUAAUGUUGUGGAGAGGUGCUUGAUAGAAUCAGGUGAACAGCAGUCCAUGAGAAUCAUUAUGGAGCUGCUUGGAAGUCCAAAUGUUUCUAUGCUGCUUACCGAUCCUUUUGGAAAUUUUGUUAUCCAAAAGGCUUUGUCCGUGUCUAAGGGUUUACUCCAUGAUGCUUUAUGGAAUCUGGUUAAGUCAAAUAUUCCGAUGAUGCGCAGCAAUAUGUAUGGAAAAAAGGUACUUGCUUGGUUUGACCGCAAGAAGUUUAUAAAUGUAUAGACAUGCAAAUAAGUUUAUAGGUCACAGGCACUGUCUUUCUGAUUUUAGCUCCAACAUAUGGAAUCAGGUGUCUGUGUUUUGAGUAAAAGAUGUCCUUAUGUGUAGGAUUGUUAUUGUUAUUAUAAAAGCCCUUUUGUUUGUGAGUGUGUAGGAUUUGUAGUUGUAACCCUUGUUGUAAGUUUAUAUUCAGUGGAACGUUGCUCUGGCACAAGAAAACCUGGAAAGAAGGGGGAAUAAUUGGCCAAUUGGAUGAGCAAACCAACUGUAAUUUAUGUACAAUUCACUUGAAAGGAUUUUUUUUGGUUAUACUUAAGUUGAGAA